AUGAUCUCAACUCGCCUGGUCCUCCUUGGCCUCGCUGCAUUCGCAGCUAGUACUCCGAUCGCACUGCCACAAGACACCCAAGAGGCAGAUCCAUACAAGAACACCGAGUUCUUUUGCAAACUUCUCGAUACGGAUGAUCCCGAAGCUGUCUCUAGCGUUUGGAACGACGGGUACUGCGAUGAGUCCAGGAAUGUCUGCGGCAUCGGAUCGCCGGUCACCAUGCUAGAGACCUUCACCAAGGGUGGAAAGGAAAAGGGCUGGCUUACGACGUUGGCGUCCGAGUACCUCCCGAACGCUGGAGAUAUCGGGGCUGCGAACUGUGGCACGAUUGGUGGCGAGUGCAACUUGGAUGUUCCCAAUUGUGACACCAUGGUCGGAGAGCUCGGAAGACCAGACCUCUAUCUCAUCUUCAAGGCUGUGCAGGGCUUCCACUCCCAAUUGAACGUCGCACAAGAGUUCUUGACAAAGGAGGUCAUCAACAACACCCUUCUCCUUGAUCAGAUCGCGGUGGACUUCUCCAGGCCACCGAGCUUGAAUACGCAAGCUUUGACGGCGGCCCUGAUCAGCUCCGCCUUCUUCAUCGUCGGUGGCGUCGCAGGUGUAGCCAGCGUGGGAGCCAACUUCGCUGCCAUCGCGGCAGCAUCCGCCGUCGGUGUCGCAAAUUCUCUUGCGGAUGCGGCUCGACAGAACAACUACGCCGUUGAUGAGGCGGAACGUCGCCUUGAUGCUGCGAGGAAAAGGGAAGCUGCCAUUACAAAUGGUGGCCGUGGCGCUGGCGCGAUGUCGAGUGGCACAUACCUGGUUGGGUCAACCUUCAGCACCAUCUCGGCUUCUCAAGACGCAGAAGGCCAAGUGACGACAGGCGACCUGUCGCCUGCCCUGGUAGAUCUGUUCUCGGGUGCAUGGAACAAGCUGGAGCAAAUCGGCCGGCUGGCUUUAGGGCGGAACGACGAGGGUGAAUCCUUCGGACUCUUGCCCCACGGCGAUCCGCGACCGGAUGGAUGGGGCGGCGAGACCAACACAAGUCCGAUUACUGGAUUUUACGCCGACGGGAAGACACUCCUCUCGUCCACCCACCCUUCCUUCCGCCAGACCAUUGAAGGGGCGUUUGGUCAAUUCAAGACCAAAGUCAUCGAUCUGGCUAUCCAAGCCGGCGGCCUCCGAAUCAUCAACGUAGACCUGGUCGACAGCGAAGAAGAAUGCAACGACAAUGACAACGCCUUCUCUGGAUAUGGUGCUCGUUGGGUGGACAUGGGCGACGGCAACAGCUUCUGCAUGCAAUUCUGGCGUCAGGCGGAGGCUCAAGACGAUCUGUACGAAAUGGCGGAGCCUGCCAUCACCGACAUGCUGAUCUCGAAGUACGGCAUCGACUUGGUCGAGUACUACAAAGCCGCCUACUGGUGCUCAAAGCUUGGGAAUGACGAGCGCACCCCUGACACCGUGGAGCUGCCAGCGGACGGCUCUAUCCCGAUCUGCUGGUAUGGCGUCCUGGCAAAUCGAGCCGGAAUCCAUACAGAGUGCCAGGGGAGGUGUGAUCUGAGCAGGCAGGUCUGGAACAUUUACGACUUCGAUUCGUGA